GCUUAGAACAGUUUAACUUGACCGUGUUAGUCAAAACGUGUUUCCUAGUGCUCAUUUUUGUGUUUCCUAGUGAUAAAUAGAAAUGAAGUAUGAAGAGCAAGAUGUCAGAAAAGAUAAUGAAACAACGACGUCAAUUACUCAUUCAUCAGUUCCUGAAUUUUACGCUGGAAAGUCGGUUUUUAUUACAGGAGGCACUGGAUUCCUUGGAAAGGUAUUCCUUGAAAAGCUGUUGUACAGUUGCAAGGAUAUUGACACAAUUUACGUGUUGAUACGUGAUAAAAAAGGCAAAAGUGCGCAACAGAGAAUUGAAGAGAUCGUCAACAAACCGUUAUUCGCAAGAUUAAGAAGUGAACGACCUCAUGACUUGAAGAAAUUAGUUCCCGUUGUCGGUGACACGAGCCUACCUAACCUUGGUAUUUCGACUGAAGAUGAGGAAAUACUCAUACAAAAGGUAACUGCAGUAUUUCACGUAGCGGCGAAUGUAAAGUUUCAAGAAGAAUUGGAGAUACCCGUGAACACGAAUAUUCGAGGAACAAGUCUUGUACUGGACUUGUGCCGGCGUAUGGACAAUUUAGAGGUUUUUGUUCACAUCUCCACUGUGUUCUGUCAUAGUAGUCAAAAGAUACUAGAAGAAAAGCUCUACCCACCACCAGCUGAGCUUUCCGAAGUAUUUAAGUUUCUAGAACAGUCCAAACAAGACAGGAGACAACUGAAGACCUUGCUCAAUGGACAACCCAACACAUACACCUUUACGAAGGCGUUAGCUGAAACGUAUGUGGCUGAACACCAUGGAAACAUCCCCACAGUCAUCGUUAGACCUGCUAUAGUAACAGGAUCAUUAAAGGAACCUUUACCGGGAUGGGUAGACCACUGGUUAGGGGCUACCGGUCUCUUUGCAGCUACCGCAAAAGGGGCCAACAGGGUCCUACUGGGCAAUCCAAAUUAUAAUCUGGAUCUGAUACCAGUGGAUUAUGUGGCUAAUUUAGCUAUUGUUGCCGCGACGAGGUGUAGGACUGACGAAGUUUCUGUCUACAAUUGUUGCACAAGCUCGUGCAAUCCCAUUACCGAAGGGAAGAUAUUUGAGUAUUUACAAGUUUUUUGCAAAAAUAAUGGAUUUGAUAUCCCACGAUUGAUAUUUACGGAGAAUAAAUUGAUAUUGUCAAUACAGACAUUUUUGUUGCAAACAGCACCGGCUUAUUUUAUGGACCUUGUGCGACGAGUAAGAGGGAAAAAGCCCAUAUAUAUGAAGAUCCAAUCCCAAGUGGUGUCUGGCCGAAAUGUGCUCAACUAUUUCACAUCCCGAUCCUGGGAGAUGAAGGCAGAUAGGACUCGAGAACUUCAUGCUUCGUUGUCAGCUGAAGACAGGCUGCAGUUCCCCUGUGACCCUUGCCUUAUCGACUGGAAAGACUAUAUCAACGUGUAUUUGAAAGGAAUAGAGCAGUUUUUGAUGGUGAGGAAGUAGAAUCUGCAAUGUAGAUAGGGUACCUAUGGUUUAUUAGAAAGUAGCCCUUUUACCGUGGUUUCAUCCGCAUCCCGUGGGAACUGCCCGUACCGGGAUAAAAUAUAGCCUAUGGCACUCAGCAACAUUGUGACAAAUCUAUCAGUGAAAGAAUUUUGGAAAUCGGACCUGUGGUUCCAAAGAUUACCUCAUGCAUACAAACUUACAAAUACCUACCUCUUUAUAAUAUUAGUUUACAUAGAUGGGUAAUAAAGCUCUAACAAGAGUUGAGUAUUAUUUUUAUUUAAUUAAGUAGUGAUUGGAAAAAUGUCUUCAGAGAUGUAUAUUUGAAUAAAGUGUUUAUAUACGGUGUUUUGUGAGAAAUUACAAGAUUUCUGCCUAUCGGUGGUUUUCAUUUAUAACCUUAUGGUAAAUGACUCUUAUGGAAAUGAAGAAGGCGGGUC